GGCCGGUCAGUGCGUCUUCUUGCGUUCGAGAACUUGGAAGGCCACGAUCAAGUUCCAGUGAUCAGUGUUCCUCAGUGUCGUUCGCGAGACGUCAGUUCUGAAAGCCUUGGGUUCAGUGCCUGGAAGUGGUGUUGUGCAUUAGGUUGUUACUCUGAAGACACAUAUUUAAAUGAGUGUGUAAGUGAAGGGGUUUUGCUGGUGAUGACCUUGCAAGAUAAUAUUUCGUCAUUAGUUCCGAUAAGUGGGCGCGCAUAUCACCCAAUUAGAGAGACGCUGUUGGUGGAAGUGGUUUUGUUACAACGCGGAACCAAUCCAGGUGCAGCAGAUGGCUCUGCAGGAGACACGGCCAUGACGGAGAGAAUCCGCGAAAUAUGAGGCCCGCAGGAUGCGCUGUGCCGAUGCGCGGCGUCCUCAUACUCCAGUGGCUCCUCCUGUGGCGACUGUCGCAAGCUGACCACCCGAUUGUCACGAUCAGCAGACAGUAUAAGGGAGAUAUGUUCACCGCCGAGGGGUUGUCUUGCUCCAAGGAAGUGUGUGCGGGUAGCAGCAGUGGAACCGCAGGGGUCGCUGAGAAGAAGGACUGCGCAUGUCAGUGCCUGCCUCACCUCCCCGUCUUCAGGGACGACCUACACAUCUGCAUCGAUGACAUUCACGAAUGUUCUUUGGCGCCAUUUUUGACUGGAACCACAACACAGAAAAUCCCGUUUGUAUUUCUGCCGCUUAAAGGUCAGAUCGUACACCCGAGCGCAGAGAUAAAUUUUUCUGGUGUGGUCACGCCGAUCUGUGUUGUGUCUGGAGCGCAGUUUCUCACCCGCGGAGGAUGGGUGGAUAUCCACAACAACACUUACACAGAGCCACCAUUUCGCCUCUUCAGGGACGAAGGCCGCACGUUCUUGCAGUGGCUAGGAGAAGUGGAUCUACGUUUCAGCAUGGAGGGUCGUCUGAUGCUCGUCCACUUAAUGUGUAAGGACGCUGGUGUAAGUGGCCAUGACCAAAGCAUCUUCACCCCCUGCGUGGCCUUCAGAGUGGCUGGGACACCAAGUGUGCGGGAGUGGUCAUUUGCAGCUGAUACCCACAACGCAGAUGGCGAUGGUCGUGGGCUCAGUGUGACCGAGUAUAUAGCCAUCGGAGUGUGCUCCAUCCUGCUGGGACUCAUCUAUGUAGCGUCAGUGUUUCUGUACUUGCACGUGAGGAGACGGCGGCGCGGAGACAAGCAUCAGGACCGCCGUAAUGGACAGCCUGUCCACCUCUCUGGGGCUGAUGAGGGGGUAGUGAAGAGUAACCCCUUGCUUGCGACAAAGAGGCACCCCCUUGAAGCUGGCAGCUACCUCAGUGACUCAGGCAGCUGCUGCUCCGAUAGUGACGCCGUGUCCGACGUUCCAAUGUCAGAUGACAACAACAGAAUAGCCCAAAAUGUCCAGGUGACAGCAGCGCUGGUGCAUUCCUGUGGCAUGUCGUUCUCCAUGCAACCCGAUGAACUCUGCUUCUCAGAGCCAAUUCACACUCAAGAACAAAGUUCCAUUGAACGGUUACCAGAAGAGAAUGUAUCCAUAGUGGAAACUCUAGAAGGACGAGAGGAAAGACCAGAGACUGUCCGAGCCAUAACGAACGGUACAGCACGAAGGAAACUGUACUUCAAUCCCGCGUACUUCGAGCCAGAGCUUCUUGUUGCUCCACCGCCUGCCGCUAUCGAAUUCCUCACAAAGAUCCGGGAGGUGAUUUCCAUCGCAAAGCAUAAGAUGUUGGCAAAACGAUUCUCUCCAACAUUGAUAGGAAUCCCUGAAGAGGAACAACUGCAGCAGGAUCUCACAAAUGGAUCCUAUUAUGGCGGACUCUCAAGCAAACGCGGUAGCGUAGGCACCGUCAGCCUUAAGCGAGAGAACGCCCGUCACCGGGGAUGUCCUGGAUGCCCUGGUUGCACCACCAGGCCUGUUGACAGCUUACUGACUGUCAAAGAGAAGAUAGCUUCUUGCCAGGCCUGCUGUGCUCCUGAGAACAAACACAGUUCUAUCAGAAAAUGGCUUGAAGAUGUGCCAGUAACAAAAAUAUCUGACCAAAUUUUGCCGAAGGAAGACACUUCAAAAGCCUCGAACCCGAUUGAACGUGGAAAAUCCUCUCAGAAGGGGAAGGCUCCUAGCAUUCCAAAAACUGAUGAAGUUCCAAAGCGAAACAAAGCUGUAGAUUCAGCAGUUAAUGCUAUACAAAAUCCCAAACACUGUAAUGGUAAACUCGUACAUCCACCUCAACCACCGCCAUCAAAAGUAAUGCAGCACAUAAAGAAGGAUGCAUCAGUAAUUCCCACAGCAGCAAAGAUGCAGCUAACAGCUAUGAAAACUUCCCCUUGCCCUACUCCACCACCACUGCCAUCCUCAGAUGUAAAUGAUAAGAUUAACAGUGUCUUCUGCAAGGAGAAUAAGAAAGAAGUGGUUGAGCCUGUUGUAACAAAACAGUUGAUGGAUGCAGUGAUAAAAGAGCUAGUGGGUCAGCGUGGCCUUGAGACAGUAAAGAUGUCUGACAUAGAUGUACCUACGAAGACUGUGAACGACAUUCCAGAAGAUCAAAAGAAGUCUUCUGGAGAAGAGUACGAAGCUGACAGCCUGGAGCGAUCAUCAAGGGAGCUGGAUGAAGAAGGUAUCUCUACCCCAACCGAAUAUGGGGAUGUGUCACCACAGCCAAGUUCAAGCCUAAGUUCAGCACUGCCUCUGGAAGAGGUACUCACGAUGCGAAAUGAGAUCUUUAACAUUCAGACAGGAAGCAAAACUAUUUCCAAACUAAAACUGGAAAAUACCAGUGUUCCAAAAGAAGCAUCCACUGAUGAUCAUGAGUAUGAAAUUAUUGUACUGAAUCCUGAUGCAAUGUUAGGGAACAUGAACAAUAAUAUUAAGUUGUAUAACCUUCCACAACUGCUGAACAACAGCAAUGGAUACAGUCUCGUCAGUGAAGUGUAUGUGAAUGAUGGGUACAAUUUCAGCAGUACAUCUAGUUCACCGAACAACACCACUUCUAGAAGCACCAGCGGCCCUAAGAUACGGUACUCUGAACCCGUGGAGAAGCCCGGCCACCUAACUAUCCAGGUAGAAGAUUCGCCAGAAAAUUAUAUUCCCCUCCCAGAUGACUCUGACAGUUUUGAACCAGAUACUCUUGACAGAAAGCCAAAUAAACACAAAGCAGAUGAAUCAACAUCUGCCGUCUCAAGUUCAAACAGACAUACAGAAAACUUCAAUGACUCCCUAGAGAGGCCUGUCCAAAUUCUUCUUCGUACUACUGGCAGCUUUAGAAGUGAUUCUUUGAGUCAGACUGGGUCUGACGAUCUGUCUCAGAUCUUAACUGCGUCUCCAUUGAACAGGGGCUUUGGGAGUCUCCGUGAGAUAUACGAAGCCCGUACCCAACAUCGUGUUGAGAUGGACAGUGUCAGUCUUGUGGGGUCCACACGCUCUUUGACAAGUGAACUGGACUACAACCAUACGCUGUCCUGGAAACGCAGACAGCCAUUGCUGCCUGCAGAAGGAAUGAUACUGUAUCCGGAAGCAAAACAGGCAAGGAGGCAGCGACCACCAACACCACCAGGCAUAAUCAGUGGUCCUCAGAAACCUGAACCUCCUAACAUUAUACCACCCUUACCUCCAAAAGCCUGUUCCCUGUAUGAAGAUCCACCACCUCCACGACCCCUAUACAAAAUCGAGUCAACUCCUCCCUUACCUCCAAGAUCAAUAAAGCCACCUCUGCCGCCAAAAAACGGGGCUGGCAGAAGCAUCAGCCAGAAGAGAAUGGUAUCAGAUCCUGCUCGUAGACCCCUACCUCCUCUACCACAGUCUAAAUGUCAUGAAAAGAGCAGUCCUAUCUUCCAUGAAAUUUCUACCAUCUCCUCCACAUCUACAUCAGCUUCUCAAGACCUGGAAACAAUUUCCAAUCUGUCUGGUGCUUCUGUGGACAGCCUCAACUCAUCUGACUAUGAAGCAUUUUACAUGACACCCUUCUCAGGAGAUGAGGAACCGGAUGGGAGUCAAACACUUGGCCAACGGGUAGAGCAAAGUUUGAAAAACAAAUUUACAAACUCACAAGACACUGGAUACAACAAUCAACUUGUUCUUCAGCCUGUCAAACUUAAGGCUGUACAAGGAAUUUCUUCGCUCUCAACAAAGAGUUACACAAAGGAAACAGAAAGUGACAACAGCCCAUUACGUAGUCGCCAAAGUGCGGGAAAAGAUUUGAUGAAACAUCUGCGAGACAAGAAGAGCUCUGAUUCGGUGAGGAAGACGUGGCGUCGCAUGGUUGAAAGGUCAGCGUCUGAAGUACCUCACAAGCCAGAGGACUCGGGUUACCUCAGCACCGACUCAAAUGAAUCCAAUAGGCACGUGCAGGUACGAAAAGCUUCAGAAGGGCAGAAUUCGAGCCAAGGACAGGGUAGCGUAAGUGAGACUGAUGAAUCUCUAUGUGAUGGUGCUAGUGAAUCUGGCGCGGAGAGCAUUGCGACAGACUCGUUCUUCUUCGGUAGUUUCCGGAAGCUAUCCACGUGCGCUGUGGUGACUGAGUCUGUUGACAGUGGGGUAGGGUCAGACCUGGUGAGAACAAUGAAUAGUUCCGUGCUAUUAGAAGAUGCAGGCGCUAGCAGCAGCGACUCUGAGAAUGUAAGCUUUGUGACUGUUCUACCUCCAGGUAGUGGCCAUCGGAGAUCAAUACGGAGUUAGUAUUUUAGACUCCGAGUUGCUCGACUUUCAGUUUGAAGUGUUGGAACAAGAAACCAAAGCUUAAGAACUGAAUGAGUGCUGUAUACUGUAGAAUGUACGUGCUUUUUACUACAGCUACCCAGGAAAAAAUAUGGGAAAAGGCAAUGAAUUUAUUUAUGGACAUAACUUCAAACAUCUCUUUACUGUUUCUAUGCAGUGCCAAACUUGUAUAUAUGUACAAACUAAUUUAUGAAAACUUACACAAUUUCAUACAUAUUCCAUACACAUAUUAGUGAUAUUUUCACAGAUGUGAUAUUUUGAGGGCCGACAGUGCAAUAAAAAGGUAUGAGGUAUCCAUGCCAACUUAAUAUUAGAACAAGAAGCAUUUUUAUAUUAAUAUUAAACAAUGAAAGUCUUUACAGUGAAAUGAGCUUUAUAAUUUAUGACAAUAACACUGAAUAUAACAUACAUAUAAAUGGUUAUAUAUAGCUGUAAAUAAGACACCUGUUGAAACAGA